AUCACCACAUCUUGCAACACUACGGCCAUCACAUUAACGGCUUCUCACCAUUGAAAUGUAAUCAUGGCGCAUGUUUUUCGACAUGUCCCUUACUGAGUUGCCAACUGGGGGUACUCAUUUUUACGGUACCGCCAGAACCUCGGGCGGCGCGACCCAUACCGUCUCGUACUUCUCAAGAAUUAUCGUCCCCUCCGCGUAUUACACCUAAGCUGUUUUUUUAUUCAAAUCUGCCGCAUCCGGAAAACAUGUCUGCCGUUACCCCCAAGUUAUAUCAGCCAGGUUCCCAUUGCUAUACUUCACCUAUAUUGAUCUAUAAUCAGAUCACUCUCGUUUUGUAUUCCCCUGCGCCCAUUGUUUGAUCGCCCACAUUCCGUCACGUUUCACGCUCACCAAGCACGUUCUGAACGUUACCCUCCAAUCUUGAACUUACAGCAUGGCAAGACCACGCGGUCCCAAUCCUUUGCGUUCAAUAUCACCGAGCCAAAGUACAGAUGAUAUUUUUCGGACGAUCAUGAAGGUCAGAAAAAGCUGGAAAAAUCUCAAGGGUAAUAAUACCGAGCCUGUAUGGCCACCUUGUCUCGAAGCCAUGAUGUUAAAAGGCCUUCAGGAAUAUGGAUCCGUUCACCCAAGCUACGCCCGGGAAGCACAUAUAUUAAGUCGGUUCCCUCAGCGCAAUCAGUUCAUCUCAGACUACAUCUACCGCAAGACUGGAAAGUACAGAUCAUCAAAACAAAUAGGCAGUCGUCUACAACAGUUCAAGGACACAUUCGAGGGUCGGGAACUCGUCGAUUCGCUUGCCCUGCAACGUCAUGGCGCGCGGAGUGAAGUCGACUCGUCGCGGAUGUUGUCUCCUCAUAGCCGGGAUGAACCUUACCCUUGUCCUUCCUCUUUAUAUUCGACGGUAACCAGCGUUGACAACUCAUCCACCUGCUCCUCUGAAUCUACUGGCUCAUCUGUAUCUGCUGGACAAUACAUGCCAUCGUCUAAACGAAACCACCUUCCUGACAUGCGUACUCCAGUAUACAUUGACAUUUUGCCACAGUCUAGCUCAUUCUUGAGCUCAUCUUCCGAGUCAUCACGUUUGGAUGCACCAUUUUCUUCUCCGCAUGAUUUACUCCCUCAAGGUGUCGCUUCACGCACUUCCUCAGACACACCACGUCCCAUAAGGGACGUUGAUACCACCGUGACCUUCGUCUCACCCUCAGCCUUCAUUGGCAAGUCAUCCUACAUAGUCUUAUUGGAUGGCGCACCCAUACACAGCGAGGACACAAAACUCAAAUGUGUCGGACCAUAUUUUACCGGUUCUUCCGGCGACGUUCCGUUACUAUACAGCACACCUCUAGUGCCCAAGUACUGGGAGACCCUGUGCAAAUCUCCAGAUCCUACCGUAUACACCAUCAUCCAGGAUGUGUACCGUAUUAUGGAUCCAGAAGCUCCCGCAAGAUCCUCAAGUCGCCCACGUCCAGUUCCUGUCUUCUCUGCUACAUACCACUUCCGGUAUCCUGUCUCUGUACACGCAUCCACAGCUUCCACGUUACCACAUGGCGCAUAUCAAACUAAUUCACAACUCCUCACAGACACUGCUCAUGCUUCUUCCGAGUUACUUAACCCCAUUCAUCCACUUUCUUCCCAAAAUUACCCCGUGUCCCCAAACUUCUCGGACCAAGAGUUGUACGAAUACGGCACGCAAAACAGGCUGGACGAACCAUUCAUAUUGGAUGGCAGCAUGGAUAACCUCUGUCUAGAUGACUUCAUGCCCAAUGACCACAACUCGCAUGAGACGACACACAAUGAGAUGAUGGCACAGUCAUCAUCAAGCUUCCCGAGCGACAUCCGCAAUUAUAUUAUGUAGAACAGUAUUGCACAGAUGAUUGUAUUAGAUUGGCAUGUAGUGUAUGCUUGUAAUUAUAUCGGAGUGAUCCCUCCAUUAUGAGGAAUGUUCCAAGUUUUUUCUGUCUCCUU